UAUUUUUUAUUUCAAUAUGAAUUAUGAAUAUUUUUUAGGUUAUACUUGAAAAUGUCUUUAAGAAAGUAUUGUAAAGUUUUCCCUCAAAUUAUAAAUUACAUAAAAAACAACAAUACGUUAUGGUGUCGGCCGGUACUAUUUCACUUAAAUCAAAAUUACGUAGCUUCAUGCAAUUCGCAUAAUAAAGUAGAUGUACGAUUUUCAUCAACCAGUACUAGUCCAAAAAGGUUCGAGAAGAAUUUGAAUUUGAAGCAAAUAUAUUAUGGAGUUUUGACUCCUCAGAUACGUGCAGUUAAGAUAUUCUCAUUAUCAUCGAGCAUAGUUGGUAUUGUAGCGCAACCAUUUCUAUACAAGGAAAUAGCUGCAUCAGGAAAUGUACCUGUAAUUAUAGCUGCCUACUCUUUCAUUGGAUUCUUUACUGUUGUUACUCCUAUAUUACUGCAUUUAGUAACAAAAAAGUAUAUCACGCACUUGGAAUAUAAUGCAGAAAGUAACAGCUAUAUCGCAAAAACAGUGAACUUUUUAUGUAUGACUAAAGAGACUGAAUUUAAACCGGAAGAAGUAAAAGUUCCAGAUGUCCCUGGUUUGUUUACGACAUUUUUUGCAAAGGGGAAAGCUUUAUUUUUGGAUCCUAGACUAUUUGACCAACCUGAACACUAUGCUAAAAUUAUGGGCUUUGACAAACCGCUCGAUUUUAAACUAAAUGAGAAACCUCCCCCUCAGACGUAGAAAGAAACGUCAUAACAAAACCGUUGUUGAAUUAUGAAAGUGGAUGUGUUUGUACUGACUGUAGUUAUCUAAAUUGUUUAGAUUUAAUUUAAUGUGAUAA